GAAGUUUUGUGUUUUUGUUUUAGAAUGAUUCUAGGAGUGGCGGUGAAUCUCCUCUAGGUGAUCAGGAAAUCGGAAACACUGGGUGUACGCAAGCGGAUGUAGCCAUGGAAACCGACAGUAAUGUGUCAAGUGACAUGGCACAGUCGUGCGAUAUGGAUGCGAGUUUUGCGUCGUACGUCAGUGACUCGAGUACGGUUAACACAAGUACGGGUAGUUCCGCGAACACAAGCACCUCCAGACAACGAUGUCUCCAGAGACCAGGCAUACAGUGGAAGAAAGGGGAGAAGAUAGAGGCCAUGGACUCGUUCCGCAAAUGGUAUGCAGCCAAGUUUGCUGACAUAGACUUCGAGGAUAAGCUCGUUUUGAUCCACUUCGAAGGCUGGAACCAGCGUUACGACGAAUGGAUUCCGUUUAACAGCGAAAGAUUGCGUCCAAUGACCCGCCACUCGGGACGAAAAGAAGGGAGCAGAAAGCAGAAACGUGAGCACAGGCCUGGUGAACGGGUGCUGGCGAAGUGGACGGACUGUAAAAUGUACCCGGCCAAAGUGACGGAUGUCAGGAGCGAUGGUUCAUUGGAGGUUGUGUUCUAUGAUGGCUUCAAGCGAAGUGUCCAGCCAAUCAACGUUCGGUCGAUACCACAGGAAUACAAACAGAUCGUCAAGUCAGAAUUCAAGAAACUGGAGCGUAAACUUACUCCUGGGGGUCGUACUGAAGGCGAAAGGAAACAUCACAAACCUGAAAUCCGCUCAAGAUCGAGCAGUCGUGAUGGCAAGGAAGAAACGGUUCCAUUGGCAUCUCCAAAAUCAAAAAUGAGAGACGUUAAACGGCGACCCACGUCGUUGAAGAUGUUAAAGAGACGGAAGCUCGCGAUGACCAAAACUCUGGCUUCACACCGGUCGUCUGGUCGGAAACGCGUCCUCAACGAGAUGAAGAAAGCCGAGCAGCGGAGAAAAGUUCAGCAAAAAGUAUUUCCAAAGAAACGUCGAAGAAUUUCCAGGAAGUCGCUGUCUGCAGCAAGCAAAGAAGCUGAUACUGGUAAAGCUGUCAUACAGUCGUCAAUCAAACACAUACUCAACAGGAAAGGUAUAUCACGCACAAAAAAGCGUGCCAUUUCACUUCCCACUGCAUCAGCAAAGUCCUCGUGUCCUUCACCUGUAGUGACUCCCGGCAGUGCAGGCUCAUCGAAGUGUCACGCUGAAGGUGUGGCAUUUGCCCCCAGUGCGGUUGCCUCUAAAGCGUUCAAGAUAGAAGAGGAUCACAAUUUGUUCAAGUGUACGCACGAAGGAUGCACAAAAAGCUUCCGGAAGGAGAAGUUGUUGGAGUCACACAUCAAGUACUAUCACCUUGACGACAGCAAGGCCAUUCACGGCACAGCUCCACGAGCCAAGCGCAGGAAAACCAUAAGCAUCUGCUCCACUGAUUCGGAACAGUCUAUGUUGUCCGGAGGUAAGGGAACGUCAACACCAAACGAUCCGUCGCCUUCUGUAUCCCCGGCAAAGAGACGACAUAUCUCCGCAGACGGACUUCCAUUUUCUACGGAAAGUCCCGUUCAUUUUGCUUCACCCAAAGAAACACAAACACCACAUGAAAUAUCACCACUUACAUUCCCACAAAUCAAAGAGGAGUUACCGGACACGUUUCCGGGCUCCGUGGUCCCAGCGAGUGUGACCCACGACAAGAAGUCACGAUCUAGCAGCGACGCUACGGUUACCGUCUCCAGGGAUCAGAAGGUCAGCGCCGUGAAGGAGGAGCAUGCUAAACACAGCCGCAGCAGCGUGGACUCCAACGUCACGGAGGGGUCGGUCGCCGAAACCGAGGAUGAGGAAGAUGGGAACGAGGUUGUCAACUGUGUGUGCGGAUUUUACGAGACGGACGGACUCAUGAUACAGUGUGACAUCUGUCUGUGCUGGCAACAUGCUCAAUGCCUUAACCUCGACAAGGACUCGGUGCCUACAAACUACAUUUGUUUCAUCUGUGAAAACCCUCCAGGAUUCCGUGAAGGAUGCCGGAGCGUGCACAACCAGGAAUGGUUGAAGAGUGGCCACCUCCCUCCGUUCAGCUUCUUGAACCUCCCCCAGUCUGAGGAGUCGCGGGAGACAAGUCAGGCCAUUCACAGUCUGGUCGGAGAUCUUCAUAACAUCAACGCUGUCUUACACGGUUUACAGCAGCAGAUAAAAGUCUCACAAGAUUCAGAAAAUGCUGAACUGAGCCUGUGGUACAAGGACUGGGAUGAUUUAAACGUGGACACGUCGGCCGAUACCACCGAGGAAUUCCACAGCGUGUCCGUAGAAGAGAGCCCCGCAUCAACCACCCCAGUCGACCUUCACGACCCGACUGGCAGCAAGGAUACCCCCCCACCUGUACGGUUCUCCCUCGACAUCGAACAGUCAUCGGACCUCUCGAUGGAACAGCCCAAGUUCCAGUUACCCAUGACUACGGAAUCGCUGGCACAGUCUCUGGACAACAUCGACACCGCAAGUGAAGCAUCGACAAUGACAGCGUCAGAAUCGUCGACCAGUUUCAUGAGUUCCUACCCGUCCAAUCCAAAUAUGUUACCCGACGCAACGGCCGAGUCAAGAGUUGCAGAUUUUGUCGUUCCUUCGUCAGAUAGCGGUGCAAGCAAUAAAAAUGAUAAAUCGGACGUUGAGAGUUCCACUGUGACACGGAGACCUGUGGACAAGGAAAGCAUGUUGAAGAUCUGUCAGAGAAAUCUCCUCCUGCACGUGAUCAAAGUUCAAAACGAGGUCAACCAGAGGCUCGACCUCGUAGAAGAACAGGUGUCAGUUUUGGAGAAGGCAGAUACAGCUGAAUCUAGCACCGAAGCGCAAGAUCUACUUCACGAUGUUCCAGUGUUGAAACGAUCGCUGCAUUCGUUGAUUAGAGAUCUUUACAAGGUCAAACGUAUGGCAGCUUACCAUUGAAACGUCUCCAACAAAGAGAUGUUGAUAAUUAGUGUAGUAUUGCUGAGCCUGAAGCUAAUGGAACAGGAGAUGAAAUCUUAAGAAUUAUUACCCAAAUUGGGCGGAGAGAAGUGGGGAAAGAAAAGUGAAAAACCCAUUUCUUCCCCUAGAUAUGUUUUGACAUCAUGAACAGUGCUUCGCUAUAGACGGUUAAUUGUGUGUAUGAAUAGUUUCCAUGAUGGAAGUCAUGUCAAUAACUAACUUACAUCAUCAGCCAUACGCACGUCAUGGCUGUGACGCAACACUGCCUCUUGUUCUCAACUUGCAAACUUAUUUCGAAAAUCUUCCAUAAAAUGAUAAAUAUUGAUAAUGGGUAAUAAAUAGAAUACUCAACUCGCUACUCGAUAAUACCAUUUAUCAUGCACUCAUUAAUUGAUGUUGUCCUCGUGCAAGAUAAACGGUAUUGCCUCGUAACUCAUUAUUGAGUAUUCUCUAACUGUAGCAUCAUUGAAAAUAAAACUACAGGGAAUCGGUCUUCAAAAUUACAUGUGGCAGCAAUGAAAUAAAGUGUGGAAUCACUGAAGGUGAAACUGCGACAUCGCUGAAAAGAAAGAUCCAUAGUUUUGAUGGGACAGAGUGAGAGAAAGAGAAAUGUUAUGUUGUGGCCUUACGCCUGCCCAUGUUAUGGUUAUGGUGAAAAUAAGCUAUAAAUAGAGAUAUUGGUUGAAGCAGCCAUGAAAAUACUGCUGGGUAUUAAUGGGUAAAAAAGUAUGUGCCGUGUCCCCAAAGACAGUUAUCAGAUGUGGGUUGUAAAAAUUAUAAGCAGUAUUCUCAAAACCAAAGCUACCAGAUACUGUUGGUGAGUUACGUGUGGUACGACCAAAAAACAAAAGGUACCAACCAGGUACUCGUGAAAAUUAUGUGUAUUUUCACAAAAUAUAAAAUAAAAACGACUACCUGAGAUUCAAACAUUGUGUGGUUUCUGGUGGUGCAAUAAUGGAUGAGAAUUUUUGAUGGAAUGAAUCAACUGGCAGCCGAUCAUUGAAACAUUUAUAAACUAUUUUGUGGUGCAAACCUUGUAUUCAGUCUCGUGAAUGAAAAACAUGUGGGUAUUAAUUACUUUUUAUAGCAAUAUCUUGAAAUGAUGAAACGGUGCGUUUUGACAAAAUACAUUUUUAUUCAUACAUUUAGUGCUCAGAGAGACCGCAGUCAUAAUGGUGUGGAUUUAAUUGUGGAUUUAAUUGUGGAUUUGCCAGAAUCGACCAGCAAACCUUUGAAAAGUGGACCACCGUCUACAGUGGCCAGCACGUGUUCUUUAGCAAUGCCAUGUCUGGUACGAAUGACUUUGUAUUCACAGUUAAGAGCAAAUGACGACUUGAUAAAAACUUUGUUGACUAGUGUUUGGCUUAUCAAUAAAAUCCAUGAACAACCA